CAUCAUUAAAAUGACAUAAACUUUUGUGAAGGUAACACAACCACCAAUCAAUAUUGUUCUUUGCUUUGCAAGUUGUGUGGUGAAUAACUGAAUAUGUCUAGCUGUAAUUGUGGAAGCAGUUGUAAUUGUGGUGAUAGUUGCAAAUGCAACAAGAGGUCUAGUGGAUUGAGCUAUGUGGAAGUGGAAACCACAGAAACUGUGAUUCUGGGCGUUGGUCCGGCGAAGAUCCAAUUUGAGGGUGCUGAAAUGGGUGUUGCAGGUGAGGACAGUGGUUGCAAGUGUGGAUCAAGCUGCACAUGUGACCCUUGCAACUGUAAGUGAAGCAGAGAUAAUAAUGGAAUCAAUAUGUGAAAUUGUGUGUUUGAGUACACAUUUAAUGUAUAAGAAGCAUAUACUAGUAUGUAUGUGUUUGCUUCUUUAGAAUAUAAUAAUAUAAAGUGGUCAUGAUCUCACCUUCAACAAGUUGAAAUGUUGUUACAAUUUGUUGAAGGUGUAUGAUUGUCUUAUGUUUGGUUGUCUUGUGUAAAGUAUAGCUAAUUUGAAUCAUAAAUCUCUGCUUAGUAUAAA